AUGGGUGAUGCUGAUGUAUCAAGCUCAUGUUCACACUUUGAUCCAUCAUUUUAUUUUACUACAAUGUGUCGAUAUGGUUCGAUGAAUAAUACAGAUGCUUGUAAAGAAAUGAGAACGUGGAUGUAUGUUUUAAAGGUUGAUUGUUAUAUAAGUCGGGUAUUUUAUCCAUUAACUGCAGGGUUAAUUGUGAUUGGUACAAUACUAAAUUUAUUUUCUUUAUAUUGUUUUCUUAAAAUGAAUAAGCGUAAUUCUCAAAAUGUUUAUUUAUCUGUAUUAUCAUUAGGUGAUACAAUUAAUCUACAGCUUAAUUUUGCUUUACCAAUAUUAAGACAAAAUGAAACAUUCGAUGAUUAUUUUCGUAAUUCAAAUAUUUUAUGUCGUUUAACAGGGGUAUUAACAGAGUUUUUUUUAAUAUUUCCAACGUGGAUUGUUGUUUUAUUAACAAUGGAACGUUUAAUAUGUAUAUCAUGGCCAUUGAAACGCCGUUCAUCAUAUACACAAGCACGAGCAAAAAUAUCUAUAAUUAUUUUAGUAAUAAUCGUAACCUUAUUAAGUUUAUAUCGUUUAUUUGAUGUAAAAGGUAUUGAUCAAGUUAGUGUUUUUUCUGUUGCUGCAUGUAAUGGUACACAUACGCCAUUUGAUUUGAUGAGAAAUCUUAAUUUGAUGAUAUGGACUAUGAUACCUGAAGGUUUUACAUUAAUAAUGAGUUUAAUUAUAAUAUAUCAAAUAAAAUUAGCUACACAAAAAUUUCAACCAAAUUAUUCUAAAGCUCGUCAAUUACAAUAUAAUCAAGCAACAAAAACAGUUUUACUUAUAUCAAUUUUAUUCCUUAUUUUCCAUACACCAACCGAUUUAUUUUAUGGGCAAAAUGAAAGAACAUUGGGUAUGAUGAUAAUUCUUGUUUCAAGAAAAUUGACUAUUAUUUUUUAUGAAAUAAGUUUAUGUUGUAAAUUUUUUAUUUAUAACCAAACAUUUCGAAAUUUUAAAGGAAUUUUACAUACAUCAAUUUUUCGCUUUACUCGUCGAACAAAUUCAGCUAAAUUGGGUCGACCUGCUCUUGAAAACUCACAUGAUUGUCCACAACAUCGAACAAUUCAUUUUCGUCCAAAAAAACAAUCAAUUACUUCUCCAGGAAGUCAAACUGAUUCAUUGAUAAAAAGUGUUGAAGAACAUCAUAGUAUCGUCAAAAAUCAUGCUCAACGAACACGCUCAACAAGUCUAUCAAGAACAAAUCGAGAACAACAUCAACCAAUGACUGCUAUUAUGACUAAAACAAAUGAAUCUAUACAAGUAUCAUUAUCACGAACACCUGAUUUGUUAAUCAGAUAUUCAAAAGAAAAACGACGACCAUUAUAUCUUACAGGACAUCAAAUAACAUUAUAA